AACGUUAUUUGGAAAGGCGGUUAAUUAAUGCUGGUUAGGUAGCCAGCAGUGUGGUCGGUCAUUUCAUCAACGCCAGUCUGUCUCUCAGGAAAGACAAAAGAGGUCAUUCCGUUCCCAAAUCAUUCAGCAAUUGGUUGACUAAGGGAAAUUGACCAGGUCAGCCGACCAGUUCAUCGGAGAUUGAGCGAAAGGUGAACUGGCACUAAUCCAAGUCAGCGUUGAGUCAAGUCGGACAGAUUACCAAUGGAUAGCAAGGAAUGGGUGGUGAACGGCCCUUCUGUGACGGGCGGCCGGUUCCCGUGAUCGCUUUCAGCAUUGAAGCCUGAGUCUCGAACAUCUCUUCAGGCAUCCAGGCCCCCACCGCCCGGACCCCACCGGGCCUUCCACGUGCAGGACUUGGCCCUAGCCCUUAUCGUCAGUAUCCAACUUGCCCGAUUUGGCUGUCCGGAGUGACGUCGACCGGUACUCCAUAAAUGGCGGUGAUAUCAAUGGCCGGUUUACUCAAUUUUUAUGGAUUUUUUUCUUACCCUAUGAUGGAGUACACAUCUCCACUCUUUCCCCAUACCUGUGUUGUACACACACCCCUUUCCUGAUCCAGAUAUAUAAACCGUCCCUCCCCAUUGACUCCCCAAAGCUUGCUCUUUCCAUUGGUAAUCUCCCCGCUGUAUUCAUCCAUUACUCCCCUUUUCUAUACAAGCAUCCGGCCGUCAUGUCCCCACCGGCGAUUAUAGCUCCAUCCAUCCUGAGCGCGGAUUUCGCGACUCUGGGCAGCGAAUGCUCGACCAAGAUCGCCCAGGGUUCGGAUUGGCUCCAUGUCGACAUCAUGGACGGCCACUUCGUCCCCAACAUCACCUUUGGAGCUCCCGUCGUGACCAAGAUCCGUUCUCACGUCGACCGUCCCACCCAGCCCUACGGUAAGGGUACCUUCGACUGCCACAUGAUGAUCAUGGAGCCCCAUAAAUGGGUCAAAGAAUUCAAGAACGCCGGCUGCGAUCUGUACUGUUUCCACUACGAAGCGGCCGUCGCUUCCGUCGCAGCUACGGAACCAGCAGACUCGGAAACCACUCGCAAGACGAGUCCCAAGGAAUUGAUCCGCUACAUUCACGACCAGGGCAUGCAAGCAGGCAUUGCGAUCAAGCCCGACACACCAGUCGACGUGUUAUGGGAGAUUCUCGAGAACGAGGAUGAGAAGGAACGCCCCGAUAUGGUCCUCGUCAUGACCGUGCACCCCGGCUUCGGUGGGCAGAAAUUCAUGGCCUCGGAACUCCCAAAGGUGCAGGCUCUCCGUGAACGAUACCCUGAUUUGAACAUCGAGGUUGAUGGGGGACUUGGACUCGGGACGAUUGACCAGGCCGCUGAGGCAGGAGCCAAUGUGAUUGUCGCUGGUUCGGCGGUUUUUGGCGCUCAGGACCCAGCCGACGUCAUCGCGAAGCUGCGUGAGGCCGUUAACAAACAUCGCAAGGCUUAAAGGGCGUACAAAAUAUUUCGUUUUGUAUUCCUUUCUCCUACUUUCAUGUGACACGAAAUUUCUUCUAAUCUCCCAUAGCUCGUAAUCCUAACCCCCCCUUUUUCUUUAUCUAAUUAUUGUUUUCUUUGGGUUCAGUGUUGACCCUUGCUUUCGUCUUGGCUUGAGUAUGUGACCGGUGAAAAGACUGGUAUAUGGUAAUGUUCAUUACGUC